AUGUUACCUCGACCAGCACGAUUUCGACAACUAUCCUCUUUUACAUUUACCUCAAAAUCAAACUCCCCGAAUCUCUCAACACGCCUAAACCCUCGACAUUACUCCUCAGCGUCAUCGCCGACCUCACGUCCUCUGAAAGUAGCUAUAAUAGGCUCGGGACCUUCAGGAUUCUACACCGCUUCUAGGAUACUCAAUUCGUUGCCUAGAGAUUCACCCAAUGGGAAUAAUGUGGAAGUUCAUAUGUACGAACGAUUACCUACGCCUUAUGGGUUGGUGAGGUAUGGUGUAGCGCCGGAUCAUCCUGAGGUCAAGAACUGCCAACAUAAAUUCGAUGAACUAUCUUCAGACCCUCGAUUCAAAUUCUUCGGAAACGUCCUCCUCUCUAGUCAACCCUCAUCUUCUCCUUCCACGACCACUCCCUCUAGCGCACUCUCACCAUACACUUACCCGCAUUCAGUGCGGAUCUCAUUCGACGAUAUCCUCCCAUACUAUUCUACUCUCGUCCUCACAUACGGCGCAUCGCUCUCAAACCCACUGUCCUCAGUCAAUGGCUCAAGUUCUUCAUCGAACCCUCUGGAGAACGUACUGCCCGCACUUGCAUUCGUAAGCUGGUACAACUCCCAUCCUGCAUUUUCCGAACUACCCAUAAACCUCAAGGGUAUAGAAGAAGUUUCAAUAGUAGGUCAAGGUAAUGUCGCUUUGGAUGUUGCUAGAAUACUCCUCAAGCCUUUGGAUGAACUUGAAAAGACAGAUUUGAGUAAUGAAGUUUUGGAAGUAUUGGCUCAGUCGGAUAUAAAGAAAGUUAGAGUGGUAGGUAGAAGAGGACCGGGUCAGGUUUCAUUCACUACCAAAGAAUUUAGAGAGAUGUUGCAGAUACCCCACUUAUCGUUUAACGGAGUUGAACCGGGAUUGAUGAGAGAGGCUAAAGAGAUGGUAGGAAAUGAAAGGAUGAAGAAACGACUGUUAGGAUUGAUGGAAAAACCUAUAUCGAAUGAUGGUGGAGAUACAUUAUUCGAACUGGAUUUCCUCAAAUCGCCCAACACAUUUAUACCUUCCCCUCAAGAUUCAAAGAAGGUAGGAGAAGUAGAAUGGAAUUUAAACCAAUUAUUAUCGUCUACUCCUUCCCCACCUACCCCACCUAAAUCGCAGGAUUCGGCUGUACCCAGUCCAAGUGGAGUUAUUGCUCGACCUACAGGAGAGGUAGUGAGGAAUAAGGCGGAUAUGGUUAUUGAAAGUGUUGGAUAUAGGUCUGAACCUCUUUCGGGAGAAGGGGAAGGAUGGGUAUUGCCCUUUGAUGAGAAGAGAGGUAGGGUAAAGAAUGUUAGUGGGAGAGUAGUAGAUGAUCAGGGGGUGAUGGUCCCAGGAAUAUAUACCGCCGGAUGGGCAGCAAGAGGUCCAGUAGGCGUCAUCGCCUCUACAAUGCACGAUGCAUAUUCCCUUUCCGACCAAUUACUAGACGAUCACUUCAAUUCACCUACUACCGUAUCUAUAUCCAGUCCGUUGAACCCCAAUCCCGAGGAAGGGAUCCCCGAAGCGUUAAUACGAGCUCAACAGAAAGGUGGGAUCGUCGUCGAUUUGGAUGAUUGGAAGAAAAUUGACGAGGCUGAGAAAAGACGUGCGAAGGAGUUGGGUAAUGGGAAGGAGAGGGAGAAGUUCAGGAAGGUAGAAGAGAUGUUGAGUGUCUUGCAAUGA